CUUUCUAAGUAUGCUGGCAAGAUAAAGAGUUGACUUUCUUUUUAGAGCUGGGACUUGAUUCAAGCACUUCGAGAAAAGGUUAUGCAGCAACCUAUAUGAUAAAACUACAAUAAAUUAUACAACAACCUCAGACACCGACUUCAGCUACAGUGGAAUUUCCCUAACACAACAUGGCUAUGUCAGCAUUUGCAACUGACCUAAGGAUUGUCGUGCUUGGAAAAAGUCAGAAUGAAAAGAAAAUAUUGAGCAACUUCAUCACUGGAAAAAAAGAUUGUUCUCAACAAAAAAUGACCAGGCAAUUUGGGUAUAUUCAAAGAGACUGCAGAAAAAGUCCAUUCACAGUUGUGACAACAGCAGAUGUCUUCAGUUUGUCUGGGACUAGAGUGAAACACGAGAUGUUGAAGUGUGUGGCUCAGUGCCCCCCUGGACCAAAUGUUCUGCUGCUGUUAGUGAAGCCUUCUGAUUUCAAUGAACAGGACAGACAAAAACUUAAGUUCGUCAUGAGCCUCUUUGGACAAGAUGCUUUCAAAUACUUGCUGAUUAUCAUAACACAAAAUGAUAGGGAAUGUAAUUCCUCAGUGAACCAACUCAUCCAAGACUGCAGACAAAGGCAUCACACAAUCAACUUGGACGAACAAGAUUUUUCUGACUGUGAGCUUCAAGAAUUGAUUGAAAAAAUGGAAUACAUAGUCAGUGAAAACAGGGGACGUUAUUUAAACUUUACUGAGGACACUGAUACCGUGGAAGCAUCUGAAUGUCCAAAACCCGCUCUAAACCUGGUGUUGUGUGGGAGACAUGGAGCCUGGAAGACUUUAGCAGCUAAUUCCAUUCUAGGGGAGAGACAGUUUGGUCCGCAUGCUGACUCAUCAGAGUGUGUUAAAAAGGAGGCAGAGGUGUGUGGACGGUGGGUUUCUCUGGUGAAGCUGCCUGCCUUGUAUGGAGAACCUCAGCAGGCAGCAAUGAACAAAUCAUCCAAGUGUAUCUCCCUCUGUGGUCCUGAUGGUGCAAAUGCCUUCAUCUUUGUCCUACCUUUUGAUUCCCCAAAAGAGGAAGACAAGAAUGAGUUGGAGACCAUUCAAAAAACAUUCAGCUUUAAAGUAAAUGAUUUCAUCAUGAUUCUUUUAACUACAGAGACAAAUCCUAACUCUCCAGUGACUGUGAAGUUUCUUCAAGAAAACAGAGACAUAAAGCAGCUCUUGCAGAGCUGUGGUGGACGAUAUGUUGUCUUCAAUGUCAAGGACAAGCAACAAGUGCCUGAGGUGUUAGAUACCGUGGAAAAGAUGAGAGCUGGAGGAUGCAGAGCCUUCACAAGAGUUAUGCUUCCCAAACCGCUUACUAGAAGUAGGUCUUGUUUAAACCAGGAUACGUCUCACAGGAUGGCUCAGGGUAGAGAGUCUCUCAUGGGAGGGUCAAGUAAAGAGUCUGUCAGGGUAGUGCAGGAAAAAGUGUCUGUCGGGACAAUGCCAGCUAAAGAGUCUGUUAGGGCAGUGCAGGAAAAAGUGUCUGUCGGGACGAUGCCAGCUAAAGAGUCUGUUAGGGCAGUGCAGAAAAAAAAGUCUAUUAGGGCGGUGCACAGAACGGAGUGCCUCAGGAUGGUGUUGAUUGGGAAGACUGGUUGUGGAAAGAGUGCCACUGGAAACACCAUUCUGGGCAGGGAGUGCUUCGAUUCUAAAGUUUGUCAAAUGUCAGUGACCAAGCUUUGCAAAAAAGAAGAGGGACAGAUUAAUGGCCGGUCUGUCGCUGUCGUCGACACUCCCGGCUUGUUCGACACAGCUCUGUCCAGCAGUCAGGUUCAGCAAGAGCUUAUGAAAUGCAUCAGCAUGUUGGCGCCAGGACCUCAUGUGUUCUUAUUAGUGCUACAGAUUGGCCGCUUUACACCAGAGGAAAGACAGACUGUGGAGCAUAUCAAGGAAUUUUUUGGCAAGAAGUCAGAAGACUUCAUUGUUGUCAUAUUUACCAGAGGAGAUGAUCUUAGAAAACAAACAAUAGAAAGUUACAUCGAAGAAGACACUCAGGGCCUCAUCAAAAAACUGUUGAUAGAAUGUGGAGGAAGAUACCAGGUCUUCAAUAACAACAAUCAGAAGGAUCGUUCUCAGGUCAACGAGCUGCUGGUCAAGGUUGAGUCAAUGGUGAGGAAAAAUGGCAAUGGCUACUACACCUCAGAGGUAUUUGGAAAGGCAGAAGCAGCAAUACAAAAAGAAGAGGAGAAGAUCAUGAAGGAGAAGGAAGCAGACAUACAAAGAGAGCAAAGGGACCUUGAAAGAAAGCAUCAAGAAGAAAUGCGAGAGAAGGAGAAAAAAAUGGCAGAAUUAUUCUCUGAAUGUAACCAAGAUAUGAGAGCCAAACUAGUUAAAGAAAAGGAAGAACGAAUGAAGAAUGAGAAGGAAAAGAGGAAGAGAGAAAGAGAAAAGAGAGAAGAACAGGAAAGGAACAAAAAAAGGCAGGAGGAAUUCAAACAACGCGAGUUGGAACAAAAACUUAACAUUGUGGAGCAAAAACUAGAAGAAAAAAGCUCAACUAUUGAGAUGACGCUAUUAAUACAGAGUAGAGCAGACAUGAAUAGAGAACGAGAGGCCUGGGAGCAAGAAAGAAGGGAAUGGUGGGAGAAACGGAAUCGAGAAGAUGAGCAGCGACGAGAGGAGGAGCAAAAACGACUUAAAAAGCUCAGAGAAGAAUAUGAGGAGGAAUUCGAAAGAUGCGAAAACGAAAGAAAAGAAAAAGCUAGAGUCAGAAGAGAACAGUUGGAAAGAGAAAUGGAAGAAGUACAAGAAAACUACAAGAAGAAAAUGGAAGAAAUCAAGAGAAAAAAUGAAGAGGCGGCCAGAAAGAAAGCUGAAGAUUACAAUGAUUUCGUACACUUAUAUGCCAAUGAUCUUUCAGCUGAGAUGAGUAAGUACGUAAAGGAAAUUGACGAUCUGAAACAGAAGCAACAAAACCAAAAUGAGUUGAUGAUAGGACAACUGCGCAGAAACAAAGUAUACAAAAAAGACUUUGAUAAACUGAAGACAAAACAAGAACGAGAAAUGAAUGCGCUAUUGACACAUUCUAACAGAGAACAGCUGAACAAAGAAAUCGGGGAGCUAAAGAAAAUACACGAGAAGGAAAUAAAUGACUGGAUACAAGAACACGUGGAAAAAGCCACAGAAGACAAGGUUUGUUCCAUUUUAUAAGACGUUUUGGCACAGUUUCAAAUGGAACAUUGUGAAUGUUUGUUUUGACAAUGGACCUGUGUGAAAUGGCGUCUUGUCCAAGGUGUAACCCGCCUCAUGCCUAAUACCAGCUGGGAAAGGCUCCAGCCACCCGUGACCCUCAUAACGAUAAGUGGUUACAGGAAAUGGAUGGAUGGCUUUGACAACUUAAAAUAUUAAGUGAUUUGACUUUUGGCCUUUUUUUUGCAUUGACUUGAUGUAUAUAUUAUAUAUAUUCCUAUAUCAAUAUGUUUAGAUACCAAUACCUUAUUUAUGUUGUAUAGUUGUAGAUGCAAAUGUCUGUGAAUAAUUAACAGUUCUCCUGGCAGCCACUGCACUCUAUAGCAAAUCAUUUCUAUAACAUUUUACAUUUUUCAUGUUCAUUAGCUGGUUCAGUGUAAAGUUCAUUGUAUCUGUGUAACAGACAGCAUGUUUGUAAAAAAAUGUUUUUGGCCUAAUGGUCGAAUCUGCAAGCGUAUAUUGUCAUUUAAAAUGACAUUUGAUGAUGUUUUUACACAAAUUAAACAAAAAGUUAACGAACAUUUAGCUUUAACACUUUAACUCAGUUGAGAAUUAUUAAAUGUUGUAAACCAAUGAAACAUGAAGCAGAUAAAUUAAUGCAU